GAAAAGAAUGCUGGAAUUUCAUCUCUCUGGGACUCGAAUAACCAGUUUCACUGCUUCUCCUCUUCUCCCCUCCAUAUGCAUGAUUCCAGUGUGCAGAGCAACAAAUUUUAAACAAGUGAAUGAAUGAAAGAUAAAUACCAGUUCCUCUGUGAGUGGGGUAACUAUUGGAACCAAACGAUAGUACUGUUGAUUUCAGUGAUUUAUCUAGAUCAUAUUCUUCUUCAUUCUUAGGUUUGGUUUUACAUUUGAUUUUUUGUAUCCAUCUAUUUUUAAUUCUUCUUUAAUUCCUUAAGACUUCAGAUAGCUCAAAAUAUUGUUAUGUCCUACUAACAGAUGUUUCAUAUUUGCAACAUUCAAGUAGAUCAUCUUAGGUAUCUGUAGGUUAGUUGGUAGUUCCAUUUGUACAUAGUUGCUGGUAUUUAAAAAACAUUAACAUGCUUCUCAUUGGUCUGUAUCCUAAAUAUUUGUUUCUGAAGUGUAUAGAACCUUUAGACAAAAAUAGAUGUAUUUUUUACAGACACUUUCAAAGUGUCAUUUAGAACUAUAAGUAAUUUUCAACCUCUAAUUUCUUCACAUCUAAAGUACUGAAAAUUCCUGAACAAAUGUAUAAUACAGGUUUAUAAAAAUAAAUUACAAAGAGGUAAAAUAUCUCUGAAAAAAUGCAGAAGAUAUUAAAUAUAACAUUUGAUUUUGUAUAAAUGUAAGAUGUAUAAAUAUAAGUCAGGGAGACACAAUAUAUUAGAGUUUUGAAAACACAGUCUUAAUGAUUGCUGAACUACUAAUUCAUUACUUAAAAUGUAACAGUUCUGAAGAAAUUCAUUGAGUAUUCCUGUAAAAAAAAAAUGAUAUCUCUAAGUUUGGGUGAAAACAGUCGGUUAGUAAAACUUAGAAGUAUUUGUCAUCUGCCUAUUCAUUAUCACCAAAAAAUACCCUAGAUUGAGCUGGAAAAUAGGAAUAAAAUCAAUUUAAUUUUGUAAAUUUUGUAAACUUUCAAAAGAAUAGCUUAAUCUUCUUGUAGCUAUUGUUGCCAGAUACUUUGAAAAAUGUAUGAAAUUUCUACUGUUCUAGGCAUACAUAACAUACAUUUCCUAUUGGGUAGAUAUAAUGAAACUGAGGACCAGAGUUAACCAUAGUUUUUAUAUUUAUUUUCUAGUAUGACUGGAGUAAGUUAUUAUAAUACUUCAAGAAAUAGAUUAAUAAAAAUUUCUCCAUUCUUGUGGUUAUAUAGAAAAUAACAAGCCUUUUGGAAACUGUGGAAUUGGCAAUUGUUGAAUGGUUGUGCAAUGGAAUUUUGAUAGUUUUUAAAUUAGUAUCACAAUGAGUAGCAGUUAAAAUUUCUGUUUUGUCUAUAAAAUAUUCUUUAUACAUGUUUAGGAUUUUUAUCUUAUAGGUUAAUGAUAGAAAAAAGAACCUACUGAAAUGAUAAGUUUAAUAACUAAAAUAUUUCUUAGCUUUCACCUUAUGAGGAAAAGUUGUGGAAGCCACCUAUAAAUCUGUUUACCAAGUUUAUGGAGAAACCUGCAAUUGAUAGAAGUCAUUCAGAAGAAUUAUGUUCCCAUUUUACAAGUACACCAGAGGACGAACAUUUACCACAGGCUGCCAGUGAAAGUCAUCGCAGCUGUCUAAAGCAGGACAUCCUAAAUGAAAAGACUGACCUGGAAGCAACAUUUAAGGAAGCUGAGUUGGCAACCUGUUCUGUAGAAUUACUUUUGCCAUUAUUUAAGGAUACCAUUGAAGAGAUUAGUUUUGAAAAUGCUGAUCUUUUUGCAUCCAAUUUGAAGAAGAUCUCUAAACAGAAGGAAAUAUUAACAAAAGAAUUAGACACUUUUAAACGUGUAAAACAAACAUUGGAACAUCUUCUUAGAAAGACAGAAUACCAACAAGUAGGGGACAGUUUAUCCAGCAUGUUAGAGAAACUAACUGAUAAUGAAAGUGAAAAUACUACUCUUAAGAAGAAGGUACUUGAAAAGGAGACCUAUAUCCAAGAACUUUCUUGUUUGUUUCAGAAUGAAAAGGCAAAUGCUUUGAAAGCUAACCGUUUUUCACAAUCAGUAAAAGUGGUACAUGAACGACUACAGCUCCAAAUUAAUAAAAAGGAAGCAGAGAAUGAUAAAUUAAAAGAACACAUAAAGAGCUUGGAAACCAAGAUAACUGAAUGGAACUUACAAAUGAGAAAGAAUAAGCAUGAAGCUGUAGCAAUGAAAGAAUCAAGUAAGCAAAAAACUAUAGCUCUGAAAAAGGCAUCUAAAAUUUACAGACAAAGGCUUAAGCACUUCACUGGAGACAUGGAAAACCUUACCUCCCAAAUUAGAGAUCAGGAAGCCAAGCUGUCUGAAACAAUUUCAGCUUCCAAUGCCUGGAAAAGUCAUUAUGAGAAAAUUGUAAUCGAAAAAACUGAAUUGGAAGUUCAGAUUGAAACAAUGCAAAAACAAGUUACAAAUCUUUUGGAAGACCUGAAGAAAGUGGAAGACCUUGGAAAAAAUUCAUGUGAAGAAAUUCUUAGAAAACUUCACUCAAUUGAAUAUGAAAAUGAAACUCUGAAUCUUGAGAAUACAAAAUUAAAGACUACACUUGAGGCUUUGAAGGAUGAGGUGAUUUCUGUUGAAAAUGAACUUUUAGAAUUGCAAGAAGUAGAAAAACAACAGAAAACCCUUAUUGAAGUAUAUAAAACUCAGAUACAAAAAUUACAAGAGGCAGCAGAAAUCGUGAAAACCAGAUGUGAAAAUUUGCUACAUGAAAAUAACCUAAUUACAAAAAACAAAAAUAAAAAAUUAGAGAAGAUGAGAGGCCAGAUGGAGUCUCAUCUGCAGGAGUUAGAGCACGUCCGCGACUCGUUGACGGCGGCGGAACAGAGGCUUCACGAGUGUCAGGAGAAUCUGCAGCACUGCAAGGGGAAAUGUGCAGACCAGGCGCGCACCGUUAGGGAGCUGCAGGGUCAGAUUGAUGCAAAUCAUCAUCUUCUGAGAAAGCUUUCUCUGGAAGAGGAAAAUUAUCUUAUUCAGUUGAAGUGUGAAAACCUUAAACAAAAAUUAGAACAGAUGGAUGUGGAAAAUAAAGAGCUUGAAAAGAAGCUGGCAAACCAAGAAGAAUGUCUUAAGCAUAGCAAUCUUAAGUUUAAAGAGAAAUCUGCGGAAUAUACAGCACUGGCCAGACAGCUGGAAGCUGCUUUAGAAGAAGGAAGACAAAAGGUUUCUGAAGAAAUAGAGAAAAUGUCAUCUAGAGAAAGGGCUUUACAGAUUAAAAUAUUAAAUCUGGAAACUGAGCUUAGAAAGAAAAAUGAAGAACAAAAUCAACUUGUUUGCAAAAUGAACAGUAAAGCACAACACCAGGAAGUGUGUUUGAAGGAAAUACAACAUAGUCUUGAAAAGUCGGAGAAUCAGAAUGAGAGUAUUAAGAAUUAUUUACAGUUUCUUAAAACUUCUUAUGUAACAAUGUUUGGAUAAAUGGUUGGAUUUAUUUUCUAGAAGCAAUAAGAUUUUACUCUAAGUCUAAAACGUGAUUAGGUACAAAAAUAAUAAUAAAUAUACUUUAAUUUAUGGGUGGUAGUAGUAGAGUUUUUAUGUAGUUUUCUUAAAUACAAUUUAUUAUCCAUUUGCAACUUUAAAAUAAGAUACAGAUGUUAGUAUUCCUUUUUGCUGGAUAAUUUUCAUUUAGCUCUGGUUUAAAUACCUAUUUAAAUUAUAUUGAUUUUUAGAAUGGUUUUCACACACAGAAAAAAAGGCAGAAUCAUUUUUUGUGCCUGUCUGUAGCCAUCAUUUGUAAUAAAUCUAGGC